AUGGAAGAAUCAACACUAUUCCAAUGGCGAUAUACUUUGAAUUCUGAACUUUGCUUGUGGGCCAAAUCAAGAAAGAAAGAGAAUAGAAACAGAAUCCUCAAUUAUCUUGAAGUUGCUGUAGAGAAUGACUGCACACAACCAUUACUAAUGAGCUCUGAAUCUAACGAAGAAGAAGAAGAUGAUGUCGAAGAUUGUGACGAUGCUGAUGAAGAUUCUGACGACAAAAUACAGAAGCCAGUUGAUUCAAUUCUAUCAGCAUAUAGAAGAUAUGAAAAGGAUAUGCUAGCUUUCACAUGUUGCAGCCAAAACCUUACCAUGAAUGAGCAUGAAGAGCUUACAAAAAUGAGGAAUUGUCCCAUGACACCAAGAGAAGUUGCCAUAUUUCUUGAGACACUUGGAUAUCCAUCUGAUACACAAAUUUACAUAGUUGUUGGUAAACUUUAUGGUAAAGAUGGUCUCCAGUCGUUGAAACAAAAGUUUCCAAAUCUGUCUACUAAGCUCAGCUUAGCAACAGAGGAAGAGUUAAGGCCUUUCAUGAAUUCACAGAAUUGGCUUGCUGCUAUAGACUAUGUUGUGGUGUUGGAAAGUGAUGUGAAAAAUUUAGUGAAGUUCGUUGACGAAUUAGACAAGGGUAACAUAACUUGGGCAAGGUUUUCAUAUUUGGUCAAGAGCUUUCAUGAGAAGAGAAAUGGAGGACCAAAACCAAGAUCUACUUCACUUACUCCAAAAUCUCCAAAACUUGAAGAGAAAUAUAUAAUGACCUAA